UGCACAGGACGCCCGGACGCUGCGGAGCGGAGAAGAGCCAGCAUGAUCCGCUCGGUGAUGCUGCUCGCGGGCCUCGGUGCUCUGCUGCGGGCAAGUCCCGAUUUUCAAAAUUCGUCUCUACAGAUUGUAGUUCCAGAGAAAAUCCAAGCAAAUACAAAUAAUAACUCAGAAGUAGAAAACAAACAGAUAUCUUAUAUUAUUCCAAUAGAUGAGAAGCCAUAUACUAUUCACCUUAAGCAAAGAUUUUUUUUGGCAGAGAAUUUUAUGGUUUACUUGUAUAAACAAGGAUCUGUGAAUUCUCAUUCUUCAAAUAUUCAGACUCAGUGCUACUAUGAAGGAUAUGUUGAAGGAUAUCCAAAUUCCAUUGUCAUACUCAGCACGUGCUCUGGACUGCGAGGAUUGCUGCAACUUGAAAAUGUUUCUUAUGGAAUUGAACCUCUGGAAGUUGAAGUUGAAUUUCAGCAUCUUCUUUAUAAAUUAAAAAAUGAAAACAAUGUGUUUGUAGUUCAUACAGAAAAUAGCCGUGGCCUAGAACAAAAUCCAAUGGACUACAGCAUCUCCAUAAGUGAAAAACCAGAAUCAGCUGUUCAAGAUUUCAUUCCUCUUUAUCUAGAAAUGCAUAUUGUGGUGGACAAAGUUUUGUAUGAUUAUUUGGGCUCUGAUAGCAUGUUAGCAACAGAUAAAGUAAUCGAAAUUAUUGGCCUUGUAAAUUCGGUAUUUGCCCAACUUAAUGUUACUAUUGUGUUGUCAUCAUUGGAGUUGUGGUCAGACAAAAAUAAGAUUUCUACAGUUGGUGAGGCAGAUGAAUUAUUGCAGAGAUUUUUAGAAUGGAAAAAAUCUUACCUUACCCUAAGGCCUCAUGAUAUUGCAUAUCUAUUCAUGUAUAGAGAUUAUCCAAAUGAUGUGGGAGCAACAUUUCCCGGAAAGAUGUGUACUGCUCAGUAUUCUGCAGGGAUUGCUUUGUAUUCUGAGGAGAUAACUUUGGAGGCAUUUUCAGUAAUUGUUACCCAGAUGGUGGGACUCAAUCUGGGCAUAUCAUAUGAUGACCCAAAGAAGUGCCAGUGUUCAGGAGCCAUUUGUGUAAUGAAUGCAGAGGCUGUGCAGUCCAGUGGUGUGAAGACUUUUAGCAAUUGCAGUUUGAGUGACUUUAAAAGUUUCAUUUUAAAUAUGGGUGCCAAAUGUCUUCAGAAUAAGCCACAAAUGCAAGUGCGUCAAAAAGCAGUCUGUGGCAACGGCAAAGUGGAAAACCCUGAAGUUUGUGACUGUGGUACUGAGGAUCAAUGUGGACAAGAUAGCUGUUGUGAUCCUAAACUUUGUGUGCUGAAAGCAGGAUCAGCUUGUGAUACAGGAUUAUGCUGCAGUAACUGUCAAAUUCAACAAGCAGGUUCACCGUGUAGGCCCAGUGUGCAUCCUGAGUGUGAUCUUCCUGAAUUUUGUAAUGGAUCCUCAUCAGCCUGUCCCACUGAUAUCAUGAUAAUCAAUGGACAUUCGUGUAAAACUAAAUAUAUUUGUUAUAAUGGAGACUGCCAUGAUCUUGAUGCACGUUGUGAAUCCUUAUUUGGAAAAGGUUCAAAAAAUGCUCCAUUUGCCUGCUAUGAAGAAAUACAAUCUCAACUUGAUAGGUUUGGGAACUGCGGUAAGGAAAGAGGCCAAUAUAAAUUCUGCCAAUGGAGGAAUCUUAUAUGUGGAAGAUUAAUUUGUACCUACCCUACUCUAACUCCUUACAUUCAAAAAAAUGUUGCUGUGCUUUAUGCUUAUGUACGAAAUGUUAUAUGUAUAACUUUAGACUACAGUCUUCAUGGCUCAAGUGUAGAUCCACUGGUGGUCAAUGAUGGCUCUGAAUGUGAUUCUGAGAGAGUUUGUAUAAAUCGUCAGUGUGUAGAAUCAAGGUUUCUUAAAAAGGAGUCCCUUAAUUGUUCAGCAAAGUGCAGUGGACAUGGAGUGUGCACGUCUGAGUUGCAGUGCCAUUGUGACAGCGGCUGGACCGGUCAAGAUUGCAAUACGCAGUCCAGACAAGCUGACAGAGAAAUAACAGAUUUAAUCAUGGAAAGGGAUCCUUGGAAAUCUGCAAAGAACCGGUGGCUUCUAGGUUUCUACAUUACUUUACCUGUUCUGAUCAUAGCAACCAUAACA